AUGUCAGCAGCAUCCACUAUUAAAAGCUAUGGUAUUGAAAAUUUGCAGGACAAGGCUACAUUAUCAUCUUUCGGAUACAAUGCAACUCCUGAAAAUGCUUCAACCAAGAAUUUUGCAACCACCUGUACUACCACUACCUAUAGAGUUGGCAAUGGAUAUGAAAUAUGUAUUAAAAGGGAAUCAAACGAGAAUUCACCAUUUGAUACUUUCAAGGUGUACAUUUCCGGUUUUGCCUCGGUUAAACUAGUGAUCAAAUCGCCAGAAUUAAACUAUAACCAUGAAUUCGCUCUUGACAGUAAAAAAAUGAACAUGAAAUUAAUUUCUUGGACUACUGAAAAAGUUAAAGAAAUUAAUCUUUUAAAGAUAACAAUCCCCCAUAGAAAGGAAUUGCCAAGAAGCGAAGUAAUGAGAAGAAGAAGAGAAAAGAGAAAUGAAAAGAAAAGAAGAGUACAAUUAGGAUUAAAGAGACGUCUUCCUGCUGGUUCAGAGGAGCCAAUGUCCAUUAAUGAUGCCUUUGACGAAUGUAUCCAACUUUUUUACUUGAGAAUGCUUCAAGAAUUGAUUUAA